AGAAGACCAAAUUAGUUUCUUUCAUGCGGACGACGGCGAGGAUAUUGCUGAAUAUAUUAAAACGAAGCUUAGUUCCGAAAUAUACCAUAUAGCAGUGACAUUAUAUAACAUAACUUUGGGAAAUUUACUUAAUAUUAUUAAAGUGAAAUGUUUACAAGUUAUAUUCCUGACACCGGAGUUCCAUGCACAAAUGCUUGAAGGAAAGAUAGAGUCUCUGUUAUCAAACUUUAUUGGUGCUUCAAAUUUGAUAAUACUAUAUCAUCCACUGAUCGAGUUGGAUAAAGAAGACAGACAGAGAGCUAUAAGUGAUAUUCUCCCUCAAAGCACCUCCUGGAUAUUCAUUUCAUUAGGACAAAGUGAUUAUGAUUUCAAGAAAGCGUUGUUAAAAAUUGUGAAGAUUGUUGACAAACCAGAAUCACUUCCGGUUCUGAAACAAUUUACAUUAGCACCAACACAAAUAUGGAAUACAAAUGAUGAGGUUUUUAUAAUUUUAAGAAAAGAAUCAUCUGUAGAAAAAGUAGAAGUACAAAUAACGGACUUUGCGUUAGAAAGAAAGAUUGAAAAUAUCAGACAGACCAAUCCUUCAACCUUUGCGUUUAGCCCUUCAGGUCUUGCUCCUGGGAGGAAAAAAGUUGAAGUUUUUUUGAAUGGUAAAACAGUAGGACGAAGUUACCUAAAUAUAAAAUCCAAAAUUGAGAUGCUGAAUCGUCUUUUACACGAGGUUGUCAACCCUAUUGAACUUCUUUGCCAAACAUUAAAUAUCGAAACAAGAUCACGAGAAUGUGUCGACCUUGAACUCAACGAUAUAUUUACAAAUGGUGGAUCGAAUCCGUUGUCUGAAUAUGCAAAUGAAAACUUCGACUUUACUUCAGAUAUACAUAAACAGAGCGAACUACCAACAUUGCUUCAUUUUGCUGCAAAAUAUGGUUUAGAACAAUUAUGUACUACUUUAUUAACUUUUCCUGGUGGAAAACACGCAUUGAAAAUAAAAAACAACAACGGAAAAACACCAUACAAAUUAGCAAUUGCUGGGGAAUUCACACAUCUUGCAGACAAUAUCCUUCUGGAAUAUGAUGUUAAAGAAGAGAAGGACGACACAUCUGAAGAUGCAGAGGACCAUUAUGUUGCUAUGGAAGCUAUAAGAGGGGACAAGAAGGACAAACCAGUUUUACCAAGAAGAAGUAGUCAAUUAUCUGAUGUAUCACUCGACUACCCUUAUGCCAAUGUUAGUAUACGAGAAAAGCGGAGGAUCAACUCAGACCGACGUUCAAAAGUGUCGCAAGAUUCUGGAGAAUGGACAGAUGAUUGUUCUGGUAGCAUAACUGAUACAUUAGAAAAGACAGGCGAUGAUUUAACACCGACUCUACGAUCUCGAACGUCUUCUGGAGAAAAAUUUCUUCAAAUGUCUUAUCGAAUGACGAGAUUAUGGAACGACGAAGCAGUUAAGUUACCAGAGUCAACAAAACUGUAAACCUUGGAAUUGCACGCACAAUAGCAAUUAACACAACCAAAAACCUGAUAGACACAGUGCAACAACAUGUUAAUAACAGUUUUGUAUACAGUUAACCAUGAGAAAUCAAUCAUGAUUUUUCCUGGUGAACAGUAAAAAAAAAUGAUCUUUUGACACCACUAGUGAUCGUGUCUCAAUAGAGAUCAACAGUAGGAUUUUAUAGAAUUGAAGUAUACAGACUUAUAUUUGUUACAUGAUUUUAAGACUUGUGUCCGUACUUAAUUUGGUUUG